AGCAUUAGCUUCAGAUGGUACCGAAUUGUGGAAGCUUGCGUUCUGCCCAUUGGCAAUUCGUCCUCGCCGUGUCUCAUCUGUUGCUCCAAUGAAAUCUGAAUGCUGUCUGGGCUUUCGGCAGCCGUGCCGACACACGGUCCUAAAAAUCCUACGCGUUCGGCCUAGUCUGACCGGCCUGAACCAUGGCCACACUGAAUGUAAAAGCCUCCAACAGGACCCCAGGAUCUUACGGGUUCCCCAGCUUCCUCAACUCCUCCGCGAUCUGCACUUGGGAAAGACUCCAACUAGCCCAAAGCUGGUGAACCUCACCUGAUGGCUAUUAUCAGCAUCACCUCCCCAGGCACUUCCCGGCAGGAUAAGAAGUGUGAUAUAUGCUCCCGGUGCUUUGCCAGAUCGGAACAUCUUGCAAGGCAUCGCCGUACUCGUACGUAUCUCGAUGUCAAUUCUGUCGACACAAUAUUGACAUGGCUACUUGUCCCAGACACGAAGGAGAAGCCAUUUACCUGCCCAUAUUGCCGGAGGUCUUUUCAACGCUCUGACGUGAAAGCCGUCCACGUUAAAAAAUGCCAUGCGGCGCCCUCGGACCGUGGCGAUGGAGAUGAGGCCAAGGAAGGCUCUGCACGUAGACGUGUUCGAAGAGCAUGUUAUUACUGUCGCAAGAGGAAAAUGAGAUGCGACGGCUGUGAACCAUGCGGCCCAUGUCAAUCAAUCGCAGCCGACUGCCACUACAAGCCGACGGCGGCGGCCUCCUCCAGUGCGCCCAGUCAACCAUCGCACGCGGAUGACGCAACUGGUGCGUACCAGGACCAGAUCGUGGAUGAUUACGACAUGAAUAUCGGCGAUGACGAAGGCUCAGUCUCACUUGCCUUCACAGUGCCGCAAAGCAAUCUGGGCAACGGUGCCAUUUUGGCUGGUGGCUCUCUGAAUGCUGGCGUGGGACUUGAUCCAUCUCUCGAGGCUGGCAUGGAGUCGAUACAAAGCACUCAUGCAGGUGCGAUUCCUCUGCCAUUUUCAGGACAGCCAGCUUUCCCUACCUACGACAGCAUGAAUAGUGAGGUCCAGGAUAUGUCCAUCUCUCAUGGAAACCUACUCUACCCCUUCCCAGAUCCAAGUGGCGUGAAUGAAUCCUGGCAAAUGCCCUCAGUGAAUUCACACUUCUGGUUCGAUGGGUCUGAUUUUACUUGGAGUGACGGUCUCUUCAACUCGAACUCACCCAUCUUGGACCACGUCUUGCCCUCUUCUAUGCAAAGCCUUACUGCUGCGAUGCAAGAGUACUUUGACCGCAAAUCCAGGGCCCCGUCGCCCUCGCUCAACAAAGCCAGUAAGAUGUGGUACUCGGCUCCCCCGAAUCUGGACGAUCACAAUAGAGAUAUCAUUAGGGUAUUUCUGAAGCUCUUCCGGCGGCACAUACCCGAAACCUUCUCCCUGUUCAAAGACUCUGCAGUGACUCGCAAGGGUCGAGCUGAAUACACUCUUGCAAUGGCGGCCAUUGGUGGGCUGUUCUGCACCGUACCUGGUAGUGCCGAAGUUGCCAAGUCAAUGUACAACGAUGCCCGAAGGUUGUUGCUGGCAUCUUUCAAUACGAUGAACGUUCUAGACGAUCUUUCUGCUAGUGUUGAAGACAGACUUACCACAGUUAGAACGUUCAUACUCCUCGAACUGUACGGGCUUUGUAGCGGUGAUAAAAGAAGCUAUGAGUUCGUGGAAGCCUUCCACGGGAACCUGAUCUACUCAGUACAGCAGUAUAGCCAAGCCUUCAAGGUAUCUGACAUGAACGGCCGAAAGGAAGACGAGAGCGCUCGACUCCUCGAAGCGCUAUAUAUACUCGAGUGCUACCGGGUCAUAAUCAUGCAGUGUCCACCAACCUUAUCAUGGCAUCACCCAGACUCUUUUGCUGCUUCGCCUCUUCCUGGGACUCAAAUACACCGGCUCCAAUCCCUGAUAGUAGAUCUCACUCGUGGUGCUCCCAAAAUCAAACCUGACACAUGCAACGAAUUCAGCCUGACAAGUUUGGCAUACUUGAGUACUUUUCUCUGGCCUGCAAUUUAUCCCCGACAGAACAGCUACGGUAUUGAGAACGUCGUUAUCGAAAGUCUUCUUCUCGGCAAGAGUGAUUUUGUGGAAUUGGCUUGCGAUACAUGGCUACGUUCGCUUGGUCAGAGGCCUGAGCCUUCCCACCUCGUUGUCUAUCACAUGAUGAACAUCAUGCUGCAUACGAACCUCACUGUUCUACAAAGCUUCGCCCAUUCACCGCCUGGGUCCGCAGCACGCGACCCUAAGAGAAGCUUAGUUGCACGAGAGGUUCAUGGAUGGGCACAGAGCAGGCAUUACAAGACUGCAAGAUGGCAUGCUGAGAACAUGCUGUCCUCGAUUGAGGGAGCAUUCGUGACUUCAUUGAACAGAUCUGAGGCCGCCGCUCCGCACCAGAUAUCUUCACGGUCAUCAUUCUCAACUACAGAACCACGACGGCUGCCGUUCGAAGCGCCUCAUGUUCCAUAUGCAAUGUAUUAUGCGACACUAGUCCUUUGGAGCGGUGCAACUCUUGAAGAGUGUGCUGGUACAUCUUCCGUGUCUGCUCAGGCUCUGAUUGCACGUGGUGAGCGGAUUUUGUCCCUACACAAAGUGCAUAUCGCGCAGCUCCUGGCUCGCGUGUUGAAUGAAGUGAAAUAGAGCUCGAUGACAAGUAUGAGGUCUUCUGAAUACCAUGAUUCUGGUAGUAGCGAUUGCAAAGAGUCGGCUGAGUCUUCCAGGUCAUGUGCUGAGCGUCUGACCUCUCGACUUUCCAUCAACAACCUAAUGCAAAGAAUAAGCAUCCACCCUGCUCGCGCAGUUCCUGA